AUGAACCACGAACACCAUCAUGGAAUGAGUCAUAUGGAUGAAAAUAGCAAUAUGCCCCCCCACCAUCAUUCAUCUAAUAUAGCCUCUCACACUCAUGGUGAGGGAGGAGGACACAUGAUGAUGCCCAUGACCUUCUAUUUUGGAUAUGAGAAUGUGGAAGUGCUGUUUUCUGGAUUAGUGAUCAAUACACCUGGGGAAAUGGCUGGGGCAUUUGUGGCUAUCUUUUUGUUAGCCAUGUUCUAUGAAGGCCUCAAAAAAGCCCGGGAGAUCUUGCUGCAUAAGUCCCAGGUCAGCAUUCAUUACAGCUCCAUGCCAGUCCCAGGACCAAAUGGAACCAUCCUUAUGGAAACAUACAACAAAACUGUUAAGCAAAAGAUGCUGAGUUUCCCUCACCUUCUGCAGACAGUGCUGUUUGUCAUCCAGGUGGUCUUAAGCUACUUCCUUAUGCUUAUCUUUAUGACCUACAAUGCAUACCUCUGCAUAGCAGUAGUGGCAGGAGCUGGAACAGGCUACUUUCUCUUCAGCUGGAAGAAGGCAGUGGUAGUGGACACAACAGAGCACUGCCUUAAUUCCAGACUCUAG